UUCUACAUCCACAUUUUAACUUUCAUUCUUUCCUUUUUAGCUCAACUACGAAUGGCCAGGCCCGUGUGUCCGUUUAGGGCCAAUGUGGGCCUAAACCUUCACAAUAGUUUGCCCACCCAAAUUUAGAUAACGCCCUCCCCAACAAAGUGUGUGGGGCAUUAAAAGCAAAUCACCAUCGCUAUGCGACCUGUCUGUUAAGUCUUUUAACGCCUUGAAGCUUCACAAAGAAAAUGCAUAUCGUGUGCUACGUGUGACAAUCUUUAUCUUGCUGCUAUUUUCAAAAAUCCUUCGUGGCUACGUCGGAGCCGCACCAUUGUUUGCGAUAGGCUGACGCACUUCCUCCCGUCUCGAGUGACAUUCCUGCCGAGCCAAUCACAACGCUUCACAGACACAAAGGCGUGACAUCCGGUACAGUAGUCAAGUAUUCCAACAUGGCGCUUGUCCAUCUCGAGUGAGGAGUCUCCUUCGGCCUAGUUUCAAGUUGAAAAAGUUUCGUUCGAUUUCUGGUUAGUGAAACGCCAUUUUGUCGUCACUUCAUUUGUACUGGCGUUUGGAAAUGAAGGAGAAAGACCGCUCGCCAGUCAGGAAACGUUCGCGGCUGCCAGAUGACGGCAAAGAUCGAAGAGGAAGUCUCGCUAGCAGGAGGAGCGGAGAGCUGCUGACCGUCGCCAGCAAUAACUGUAACAGCUACGUCCCCUGCGGCGCCUCGUCCAGGAGAAGCUUACCCGGUGACAAAAGAGACAAUUAUUUAGACAUUCGGACCGGUAAUGGCUACGAGUACGGUGGCGCCGUCCUCGCUUCACGUAGCGACCCACGGUCCCCCGAAAGUGAGUACAAGACUCUGAAAAUUAGCGAGCUGGGCUCGCAGCUCAACGACGAAGACAUCGAAGACGGACUGUUCCACGAGUUUAAGAAAUUUGGAAACGUGAGUGUGAAAAUGAGUCGGGAAAACGACGAGAGGGUGGCGUUCGUCAACUUCCGGAAGCCCGACGACGCCCGGGCGGCCAAGCACGCGCGCGGCCGACUGGUGCUCUUCGACCGGCCCCUCAAAGUCGACGUUGUGUACAUGAACCGGCGCAGGAGCCGCUCCCCGCUUUCCAAAGACAAUUUCCCACCAGGACACAGACACGUUCCCCCCCAGAGGUCACUCUCCCCCACUAGUUUGGGUUACAGAGACUUCCGGUUGCAGCAAAUGGCGCUGGGCCCUCUGCCUCCUCCUCCCCUGCCUCACCUCACAGAUGUCGAAAGAGAUGCAUAUUAUUCCCUAUAUGAUGCCAGGAAUCACGCCGCAUUCCUUCCAGAAUUCCAUAACGACAACUUGUCCGAGGACGACCAGAGGGCAAACCGGACGUUGUUUCUCGGCAACCUGGACAUCGUCUUGACCGAGAGUGACCUGCGGCGAACGUUUGACCGGUUCGGCGCCAUAACCGAGGUGGCCAUUAAACGAGCGGGACGCGACCAGAACAGCGCUUUCGGAUUUGUCAAGUUUGAAAAUCUUGACAUGGCCCGUCGAGCUAAAGCGGCCAUGUCGGGUAAAGUGCUGGGCCACAACCAGAUUAAAAUCGGAUAUGGUAAACCGACGCCCACGACCAGGCUGUGGGUGGGAGGCCUUGGCUCAUGGAUCUCCCUCGCCGCCCUGGCCAAAGAGUUUGACCGCUUUGGCACCAUCAGGACUAUAGACUACAGGAAAGGCGACGCGUGGGCUUACGUUCAGUACGAGAGCCUGGAUGCCGCUCAGGCCGCGUGCACCCACAUGCGAGGCUUCCCCCUUGGCGGUCCCAAUAGGAGACUCCGGGUGGACUUUGCUGACACCGAGCACCACUACAACCAGCAGCAGCAGUACGCUCAGCCCCCUCUGCCACUCCCACACUACGACUUGGUCCCUCCGCCGUUCGAUCACCGCUUCGCCGACUCGAUGAGAGCACGAUCGCCGCUGCUGCCGCCGCCACGCUUCAGAGAGCGAGAUCUCUCCUCUCCCGCCGAAUGGUCCGGCUUGGGUGUCCACGAAAGGAUGCGAGGGUCCGGCUUCCCACCCGUAGCUCACUUGGAGAGACAUUCCCGUGAGCACUGGCCCGUGGAACGCGAGUGGGAGUUGCAAAGAGGAGCCGCGAGCCGCCGAAAACGACCCUUGGAACACGGGUGGCGUCCGGAUCGCUCUCCUGACAAUAACGACGCGCCGCGCAAUGGCAGCCCUGCCGAGCACAGCCCCGCAGAUGGAGGCGGCGAUAGCGACAGUGAACACUUGCCUCGCCCAGGUCGACCCUCCCCGACUCGAGGGCACCCAAAUAUUCAGGACAGGAGAAGAAGAGCUCUCAGCCCGACAGCACCCCCCUCCCACUCGGAGCGCGCAGCCGCCUCGUGCUUCGACAGGGAGCGCAAACGGAAGCCUGGCGACAAACCGAAAAGCCCGGCGGGGAAGGAGGACAUCUCGGAGCAUCCGUCCACCCAGAAGCUGAGUCAGGUGUGGCGAGGCGUCCUGCUUCUGAAGAACAGCAGCUUCCCCACAGUGCUACACCUACUCGACGGCGACACGGCGGUGGUCUCCAGACUGCUCCUGGAGGGCUCCAAAGGCGGUCAAGCAUCGCAGCUGAAAAUCAGCCAGCGCCUGCGGAUGGACCGGCCCAAGCUGGACGAGGUCUCCCGCCGCAUCAAGGCCGCCGGACCGAGCGGCUACUCCGUCCUGCUCGCCAUGCCCGGCAAUUCCGAGGAUGCCACGGCUCCGGAAGGCAAAGACUCGACGGAGCGUCCGCUGAAGAACCUGGUGUCCUACCUGAAGCAGAAGGAGGCGGCCGGCAUCGUCAGCCUCCCCGUGGGGGGUACCCGCGACAAGGAGCACAGCGGUGUGCUUCACGCUUUCCCCCCGUGUGAGUUCUCGCUGCAGUUUAUGGAUGAGUCUGCAAAAGCUUUUGCUAAAUCAGAUGACGACUACAUGGUGAUGGUCAUUAUUAGAGGCGCAUCAUGAGGAAAAUAAUACAAAAAAAAAAAAAAAAACUAGUGUCAUGAACUGUGUAGUGUGCUUUGUAGAUGAGGUUACCUAAGCUGUGUUUCACUGUUUUAUUAUCAACUACAAGUCAGUUUGAAUUUGAAAUGUUUCUGAACAUAUGCUGCCCUUUGCUCUUUAGUUAGCUGCAUUGAAGGCUAUUGAAACAGAAAUGUGACAAUUGCUCCUUCUGACUUUUAAGUGAUAAAACAAACUCAAAUACAUAGAUGUUUGGGGGGUGAAUCCCACAUGAAAGUCUUAUUUGUUUUAUGUCAACCUGAUAUGUGGACCCCCACAAAAAAUGUAACAAUACAUAUGAAUGAGUGUUAAAACAUUUGAUGCCAUAGCUCCUUUCUGAGACAUAUUUGGAGGUUCUGUAAAAUCUGUGAUGGUGUUUGCGUCAAGCAGCCAAUCUACAGAAGAGCAUUGUAGGAAUACUUAAAUUUAGUUAUUUUUAUUGUUUGCUAGAAAUUAUGACAUAGCAUAUUUGUGAACUGUCUUAUCUAAUAAUUUACUUUCAUUAUUGCCUCAUUGACAUAUGUUGAAAAAUUUCACGUUGAAAAUCAGCAGUGAGUAGUGUGAAAAAUCUGAUUGUUACAAAGAGCCAAUGUUAUUUUUAUUUUUUUUUUAGUUUUGCACAAUGUGAGAACUUAACUUUUGUUGAGCUUGAACCACCUAGAAACACGACUUAAUCAAUCCAGUGUCAAAGAUUGUCAUUUCUUUUGUCUAAUGAGCAACAAAGUGUAUAGGGUUUAAAAAAAAAAAAAAAUGCAUCAGGAAUGUGUGAUUGAAGCAACAUAGCUUGUUGGUUGGAACGGACUCAAUCGAUGAAUCGUGACCAGAAGGAGGGAAGGGGGUGCUCAGCAGUCCUCCCUCUAAUGGGACUUCUCAUUGUUUCUCACCAUGUCCUGUUUUAUUGUUUUCAAAUGGAACAUGUGUGUGCUGUGUACUCAGGAUAUUUGGACACGCACACGGAGAGCGGCCGUGCUCGUGGGGAGUAAACAAAGUGCACUUCGCAGAUUGUGUCUCAAUAAAUUUGCUCAUUCGUGGGAA